AUGAGAGCAGAACCUUCUCAAAUGGAAGCUUUGCUCUUAGCUUGUCUGGUAGUACUUGUACUGGCUUUGCAAGAUUGUGAUGCUUCUGUUCUUAUAGACAGCACAGACGAGAAUGUGGCGGAGAAAGAGGCUCCUCCUAAUUUAACUUUGAGAGGAUUUGAAGUGAUCGACGAGAUUAAAUCAGAGUUGGAAGCAAUGAAAGGGGUUGUUUCUUGUGCAGAUAUACUGGCAUUGGCAACCCGGGACAGUGUUGCCUUUGCUGGAGGAUCAGUUUAUGCUCUUCCAAUUGGGCGGCGUCGCGGCGAGAUGGGACUAUUUCCAGUAUCAGUGAUGUUCACAUUCCUGGCCUUCUUUUUCUAUUGCUGA